AUGUCAACAGAUCUAAAGAAAUCAUUAAAAACUGCUAAGUUUGUUCGUGAAAUUUUGAUCAAUGAUAUCAAACGUAUUGAAAAUGAAUCCUCCAACUUAUAUCAAGCGGGAACUAAAGACAAUACGCUUAAUCAGAAAAAACAAUUUUGGCUUGAAAAUAUCAGACCAGCUUUAAUAAGGUAUUGGAAGUUUAAAAGGUCACUCUUUUCAUUGAUUCAUCUUCACAAACAAAAUUUAAAAUCUUUGAACGAAGCUAAAGAAGCCAGCAGUAAAAUCACUCAAAAAUCUGAGCAUGAAAAAACAUUUUUAGGACCUUUUCCAAUUGAAAUUUGGGAGAUGAUUAUGCAACAACGUGUCAGAAAGGAGGUCCUUCGUAUAAAUAAAACAAUCUUUAAUGAGUUGGCACCUUAUGCUUUUGGUGGUGGUGGAAUUGAAAACUUGCAGUUAUUAUUAGUGGUUAGUUCCAUUAAAAAAAUGAAACAAAAUGAUGCUUGUUUCUUGAGAGAAGGUCCAGACUUCCCUGAUAAGCCAUGUGAUUCAUAUUCAAUUAAUGAAAGAAGUUUAGAAAGCUCUAAAUUCAAGUAUGAAUUCUUAGAUGUUGAUUAUGAUGUCCCAAACCGUAUUCGUGACGGGAAGACAUUGGUUAUCACAAAUCAUGACGAAAUCAAAUUUUUAUUUAAUCACCUAAUCCAUAACCCUGCAUCAAUAAUCAAGAAAAGCUUCAAGUCUAUUAAUGUUGAUAUCUCAAUAUUACAUGGAUAUAAGGAAUUGGUCUACGAUUAUCAGGUUAACCGUGCGUUGGAGCGUUAUAGAGGAUUGGGAGUUGGUAGCUUAUGUUCAUUGACCCAAACUAAAACUGAAGAUUUCUUUUAUGGACCAGAUUUAGGUAAAAGUUUUGACAAAAGAAAAAGUAGAUGGGGACAUCCUAAAUCAGGUAUAUCUAGGAAUUUUGACACUCAUAGUUCUAGCAAAGUACCUUACAAUACAGCAGAUGAAGUUUUCCCUAACAAAGUUUAUUUCAAUGAAUUGAUACAUCUUUCUGAACUUUUCAAGUCUUAUGAUUCAGGUCAGAGAAGUGAGUUCUUGAAAAUAUCUACAGAGGAAGGACUUCAAAAGAAUUUGCUAUAUAAGAAAUAUGUAUUAUCACCUGAUCACAGAGAUUCUCCAGAUUUUGAUAGACAACAGUUGAAAAAAGAUGGUGCAGUCGCUUCACAUAACAUCAAAAUCCAAAGGAGAAAGUUUGCAUCUAGUACAGAAGCCAGAUCACUCAUCAAAACGAUAGUGGAAUCAUUAUCAUCUGUUAAAUUUUUCAUUGAUACAGAUGUUUCUUUAUUCAUCACUAGUGGGAUGUCAAAUCUCCAAGAGACAAAUGAGAUCCACCAGAGUCAACUAGGAAGGGAAGAAGUAGUUGAACACAUGUACAAGUACAUACCACAUUUCACUCUAUUGAAAAAACCAAAAUCUGUUUAA